AUGGCCACUUUCAAGCACUCGUUCGACCACGCCGGAUUCAAGGGCGACGUUGAGGUCCCCGUCGGCCUCUUCAUCAACGGCAAGUACGUCAAGUCGGCUGACAAGAACGCCAAGACCAUCCCCGUUGUCAACCCCACCACCGGCGAGAAGCUCUUCGACCUGCCUGAGGGUACCGAGGCCGACGUCGACCUCGCCGUCAAGGCUGCCAGCGAGGCCCAGAACACCACCUGGGGCGAGAACGUUGCCGGCUUUGAGCGCGGCAAGCUCCUCAUGACCCUCGCCACCCUCGUCGAGCGUGACGCCGACAUCCUUGCGUCGCUCGAGGCCCUCGACAACGGCAAGACCUUUGGUGCUGCCCGCGGCUUCGACGUCCCCGAAGCGGCUGCCUGCUUCCGCUACUACGGUGGCUGGGCUGACAAGAUCCACGGCAAGGUCAUCGACCAGUCCAAGGACAAGCUCACCUACACCCGCCACGAGCCCGUCGGUGUCUGUGGCCAGAUCAUCCCCUGGAACUUCCCCCUCCUCAUGUUCGCCUGGAAGCUCGGCCCGGCCCUCGCCACCGGCUGCACCAUUGUCAUGAAGCCCUCUGAGCUCACCCCCCUCACCGCCGCCUACAUGUCCAAGCUCAUCACUGAGGCUGGCUUCCCCGCCGGUGUCGUCAACAUUGUCAACGGCUACGGACAGACUGUCGGCAACGCCAUCUCGGGCCACAUGGACAUCAACAAGGUCGCCUUCACCGGUUCGACUGCUGUUGGCCGCAAGAUCAUGGAGUCGGCUGCCAAGUCCAACCUCAAGAAGGUGACCCUCGAGCUCGGCGGCAAGGGCGCCAACAUCAUCUUUGACGACGCCGACCUCGACUCGGCUGUCCGCUACGCCGCCCAGGGCAUCUUCUUCAACCACGGCCAGACCUGCUGCGCCGGUUCGCGUCUCUACGUCCAGAGCGGCAUCUACGACAAGUUCAUUGAGAAGUUCCUUGCCGUCUCGAAGAAGAUCACUGUUGGCGACCCGUUCGGUGCCGAGACCUUCCAGGGCCCCCAGGUCUCGCAGACCCAGUACGACCGCAUCAUGAACUACGUCGAGUGCGGCAAGGCCGAGGGCGCCAAGGUCCUCACCGGCGGCGAGCGCCACGGCAAGACCGGCUACUUCAUCCAGCCCACCGUCUUCGGUGACGUCACCUCGGACAUGAAGAUUGUCCAGGAGGAGAUCUUCGGCCCCGUUGUCGUCGUCGCCAAGUUUGACACUGAGGAGGAGGUUAUCGCCGCCGCCAACGACUCGAUCUACGGCCUUGCCUCGGGUGUCUUCACCCAGAACGUCCAGAAGGCUCACCGUGUUGCCAACGCCCUCCACGCCGGCACCGUCUGGGUCAACUGCUACAACGAGCUCCACUCGCAGAUCCCCUUCGGUGGCUUCAAGGCCUCUGGUAUCGGCCGCGAGCUCGGCGAGUACGCUCUCGAGAACUACUCGGAGAUCAAGUCGGUCCACGUCCGUCUCACCAGCUACGUUGGCCCCGUUCCCGCCGCGUAA